CCGCAUUAAGCCAACGGCACUCCGCCCGUUGGAAACGUCGCCUCUCCUCGCACUCACUUGAUCCUCCCUCCAAACUCUCGUCUCCCCCGAACUCGCCAUUGGCGCCGCGAGCUAUUGCCCUCGGAUUGGGUCUCUGGUUGGAUCUCGAUGGAAGGGCACAGCGCGGUGACCGGCUUCGAGAUGGCCAUCGUGGUGCCCAAGAAAAGGGAGAAGGAGAGAGAUGACACCGCUGACUGCGUCGAAUUCCUUGUUCGGGAGUUGAAGAAGGCAGGGUUGAUCGUCGAGAGGGUGUUUGGGAUUUCCGAUGAGUUCAUAAAGCUUGCAGCACCAGUAGAAAUUUUGGGGAGAGUUGCAGCUGAGUUGCAAAUGAAAAAGUUAACAUACAUCGGGAUAGAGUUGCAGUUCGAAUGGGAUGAGGUUACUGCAUUUGUUAGGCAGCCAGAUGGAUCUUUGUUCAGCUGGUGUGAGCGGUUUCGCUGUUUUCAGCACUUGAUUUAUGGAAUUCAGGUGAAUAAAACAGAUUCAGACAUGAUGCUUUUGUUUGAUGGAAAAGAGUUUCAAUUUCGAAGAAAUGAAUCAUUACUGAAAAUGAUGGAAACUGACGAGGUUGUCAAGCAAGUUUUUCCUACACAUGAUGAAGUGAAAAGGAAACAGCUCUUGAGAACUUGGGCACUUAACUGGUUGGACUUCACAUGGCAACCAAUAGAUGAAAUUUAUGCAUAUUUUGGGACAAAGAUUGCUACAUAUUUUGCUUUCCUUAGUAUGUAUACACGGUGGCUAUUCUUUCCAGCUGCACUGGGUCUUGCCUUGCAGUUGGUUGAUAUUGGACCCUUGCAGCCACUGGUGCUUCCUGCUUUCUUCAUUUUCGUUGUCACAUGGGCUGUCUUUUUCUUCCAGUUCUGGAAGCGCAAGAAUUCAGCACUUCUAGCCAGAUGGGGCAUUAACUAUACACUGUCCGAGUACAAAGCUGUACAGAUAGCACAGAGUUCCUUCUUACAUGUUCAUGACAAAUGUGAAAAGAAAUUUGGAGAUGAACCAAUAGAGAAGAAAAUAUUACAAAGAGAUGAGUGGCUUGGACUUCUUCUACGAAUAAGAAAUAAUGCCAUCAUAGUGUUGGCUAUCAUUUGCCUUCAGUUACCAUUUGAAUUGGCGUAUGCUCAUUUGUAUGAGGUCACCGAGUCUGAUGUAUUGAAGUAUGCACUGACUGCUGCUUAUCUCUUGGCAAUUCAAUACUAUACGAGGAUUGGUGGCAAAGUAUCAGUUAUUCUCAUUAAAUAUGAAAAAGAUCAAGGAGAGGAAUCUAGUGCUGCCAGUUUGGUUUACAAGGUUUUUGGACUUUAUUUCAUGCAAUCAUAUAUUGGACUGUUUUAUCAUGCCUUAUCGCAUCGAAAUCUAUUGACUCUUCGCCAGGUCCUAAUUCAGCGAUUGGUUGUCUCUCAGGCAUGCUGCAGUCUGCAAAUAUUUCUUGUUCUGGAAAACAUGAUCGAGAACUCCAUCCCUUACCUCAAGUACAGCUACAAAAAGUACAAAGCUUUUCACAAGAAAAAGCAUGAGAAGGGAUCUUCAGAAAAAAUGGUUCACCUGGUUACAAGGGUGGAAAAAGAGUAUUUGAAGCCUUCCUACACUGCAAGCAUAGGCGAAGAGCUUGAAGAUGGCUUAUUUGAUGAUUUUUUGGAGUUGGCUUUGCAGUUUGGAAUGAUCAUGAUGUUCGCAUGUGCAUUCCCCCUCGUCUUCUGCUUUGCUACUCUAAAUAAUGUCACUGAAAUUAGAGCAGAUGCUUUGAAACUUCUUGUUAUGUUGCGGAGACCAAUACCCCGUGCUGCAGCAACAAUUGGAGCAUGGUUGAACAUUUUCCAGUUUCUGAUUAUAAUGGCAAUCUGCACCAACUGUGUGUUGCUGAUUUGCUUAUAUGAUCAAGAAGGCAAGUGGAGGAUUGAACCUGGGCUGGCAGCUAUCCUCGUAAUCGAGCAUGCUCUUCUUCUAAUUAAAUUUGGGUUCUCCCAUUUUGUGCCCGAGGAGCCGGCUUGGGUGAGAGCAAAUCGAAUGAGAACUGUAGCUCAGGCAAGGGAUGUGUUCUCAAAGCAGCUCUUGAGGAGCAUCUCCAACAUAGAAAGGAAACAUUUAUGAGGAUAGUAGAAAGCGCUGCAAGUUUUGUAGAUCAUGUCGUGGCCCUUCCUAACUUCCCCAUCUGUAGUUUUCAAGAGGAUUAUGAGAAGAUCUUUACCUGUUCUUUUUCUUGGUUUCCAUAUUUCUGCUUCUUGCUGGUGCCUUGCAUCUUUUGUUGUCUACUGUAAUUGAGUGACAGAAACAUUGAUACGGUGAAAAGAUGUUUUCUCUCCA